AAGCCUCAGAAUUUUACAAGACAGCACAUAUUCGAAAAGCCGCAAAGAGAGAGAGAGAGAGAGAUCUUCUUCAACCUCCUAUUGUUUCAACUGUUUCAUCUUUCGCGCUCACUGUUCUUCUGUUUCAUAUCACGGUUUAUCUUUUCCGAUACAUCUCUUUCCGCCAUUAACAACCAGUGUAUAGAGGCUGGAGCUGGAUAAGAAAAGGAUCAUCUAUGGAGGGAGGCGUCGUAAAAGGUUUGGAAUGCCCGAAGAUUAUGGUUGGGAAGGCGAGUAAUGGGAACGGUUUGGAGAAGGCUCUGCCUUCUUGUUGCCUGAAAGCCAAAGCGUGCUUACCCGAGCAAGAUGCCAAGUGCCAUUCAACCGUUGUUUCGGGGUGGUUCUCCCAACCUCAUCCUCGCCCCGGUAAAGCAGGCAAAGCGGUCUACUUCAAUAACCCUAUGUGGCCGGGAGAAGCGCACUCGCUAAAAGUUGAGAAAGUUCUGUUCAAAGACAAGUCGGAGUUCCAGGAAGUCCUCGUCUUUGAGUCAACCGCCUACGGGAAGGUGCUGGUCCUGGAUGGCAUUGUACAGCUGACUGAGAAAGAUGAAUGUGCUUAUCAAGAGAUGAUUGCUCACCUUCCUCUUUGCUCCAUUCCAUCCCCUAAAAGUGUUUUGGUCGUUGGUGGAGGGGAUGGUGGUGUUCUCAGGGAAAUUUCUCGCCAUAGCUCUGUUGAGGUUAUUGACAUUUGUGAGAUAGAUAAGAUGGUUAUAGACGUGUCUAAGAAGUACUUCCCUGAAUUAGCUGUCGGAUUUGAGGAUUCUCGUGUUCAGCUUCAUAUUGGUGAUGCUGUUGAGUUCCUUCGUAAAGCUCCUGAAGGGAAGUACGAUGCUAUCAUCGUUGAUUCUUCAGAUCCCGUGGGCCCUGCUCAAGAACUGGUGGAGAAGCCGUUCUUUGAAAUGAUUGCUAGAGCGUUGAAGCCGGGCGGUGUUCUCUGCAACAUGGCGGAAAGCAUGUGGCUCCAUACCCAUCUUAUCGAAGAUAUGUUCUCGGUUUGCCGUGAUACUUUCGAGAGCGUCCAGUACGCAUGGACAAGCGUUCCUACAUAUCCAAGUGGUGUGAUAGGAUUCAUAUUGUGCUCUACAAAAGGACCCUCCGUUGAUUUCAAGAACCCUAUCAACCCCAUAGAGAAACUAGAAGGAGCCAUGAACCAUAAAAGGGAACUCAAGUUCUAUAACUCAGAGAUGCACACUGCGGCUUUCGCCUUGCCUUCCUUUCUGCGUCGAGAGGUCGUCUCUCUUCAGUCGUCGUCCUGAGGGCCUCAUAUCUAUUUAGGUUUGAUUGGUCAUUUGAUAAUACAUUACCGACUUACCUAUUCGGUUUAUUUUAUAUCGAAUUCGGUUAUGUGUUAUUUGAUUCGGUUUUUGUAUAACCGAACCGAAUUACCGGACCGUGUUCAGACAGAGAACCUUUUUUGUACCUCUUGUGUUUCACUCGUUAAGUUUGGUCGGAAGAACUCGUGAUGUUUCGUUUCU